GCCCCAGGCCCGCCCCUGGUCCCCGGGUGGCGGCGGCGGCGGCGGGGCCUGGGCGCUGUACGGAGGCGGCUUGCAGCUGCGGUUGAGACGGUCCGCCGGUCUCCGUCCGCGGGCGGCGGCAGACAGGCCCCGACGUGUUGCCAUGGCUGAGGAAGCCGCCGCCGCGCGCUUCAGCGAGGAGGAUUUUUACUGUCCCAUCUGCCAGGAGGUGUUCAAAACGCCCGUGAGGACUAUGAACUGCCAGCACGUAUUUUGCAGGAAGUGCUUCUUGACAGCUAUGCGGGAAAGUGGAACGCAUUGUCCUCUCUGCCGGGGGAGUGUGACUAAAAAAGAGAGAUCCUAUCCCAAAAGGGCUCUAGAUGUCGAAAGCAGUAUGAAGAAAGCUUCUGGCGGCUGUAGAUGCUGUGAGAAGCAGGUUAGGUUUUCGUGGAUGAGACAGCAUUAUAAAACGUGUAAGAAGUAUCAGGAUGAAUACGGUGUUCCUUCUGUUAUUCCAAAAUUACAGAUUUCCCAGGAUUCAACAGGGAACAGUAGCAGGAAUGAUGCAGUAUCAGCUAAUGGAGAGAUGGCUAGUAAUCAAUUACGCCAAGGAAAUACAAGUGGACAUCCAACGUUCAAAUGCCCCCUGUGUCAGGAAGCCAAUUUUACCAGACAACGCUUGCUGGAUCACUGUAAUAAUAGGCAUCUUUAUCAGAUAGUUCCUGUAAUCUGUCCUAUUUGUGUAUCUCUCCCUUGGGCAGAUUCUAGCCAGGUUACCAGAAAUCUUGUUAGCCAUCUAAAUCUGAGACACCAGUUUGACUACGGAGAAUUUGUGAAUUAUCAGCUUGAUGAAGAAGCCCAAUACCGAAAUGCAGUUCAAGAAUCCUGUCAUGUGAACUUUUAAAAUAUGGACUUCUGUCUUACUGGUUAUCUUAGAGGAAAAAUUACAUGAAUUCUGUUGGUAAUCUGAAACAUAUAUUAAUAAAAAAUGGCUUAAUUUUUUUUCCACAUUGAUAUGAACUUUUCAUAUAUGGUUUCACUGGAACUCAAACUUGAUAUUUUUAAUGAGAUCGGUCUCUUGGAAUCAGAGACCUUUCUGGAACAACUUCUUGUCUUCGUUGUCUCUAACUUCUACUACUCUGUUAAUUACAAUUUUUUUUUUUUUACUAAUGCUGGAUAUUUUGAUUGACCAAUAAGAAUUUUGGGAACAGCAUUUUAGAGAUGCAAAGAUGCUCUGUUGCACUGUUGAAUUUAAGUUCAUCUUUCGUCUCUAAGAUAGCUGCAGCUUAACAAUUUGCGUUGUCCUGCCUGAGGACAAAGUUUUAUUUGAUGUUGUGAUUUGUUCCUUACCAUUACUAUGUAAAUGAAAACAGUGCCAGUGUAAGAAAUCAAAAUACUUGUUUUGUAUAGAUCAGCAAUGCAGAGGUUUCUUUCACUAAGAAAGAAUGAUGCCGUUGCCUGGGAAUAAUUACAUCUAUUUUCUUCCUCUUUUUGAGCAUAACUGAAGUAGGACGCUUGAUUAGAAAACUGAAUGAGGAGUUUUCUCUGUACUCCUAACUAUCAGUGAAGACAGCCCCCCUGCCGUACUUUCUGAGCAAUUCAGGAUGGCGUACAAGAGGUGUACUUUCUUGGUAUGUGAGUGUGACUAGCUAGUAUUUUGUUUUGUUGAAGGUUUUUAAAAACUUCAGUAGCUUUAGGAAUUUAAGUUACCGUCUGUUCUGUCUCUCACAGCAGACUGUGUAAGUAGAGCUUUUAUUGGCUUUGGACAAAUUGGUGCUCAGAAAUGAACUUGUUUAUUUUGGUAAAACUGUUCAAUGUGUGGACAUCUGCUGCAUCCAAAGGCUUGAAAAAACACUUGAGAAGAAAAGCUUGCUGUAAAUUAAUUACCAACAUUCUGCUAUUCUUGAUAUCCACUUUCUCAGCAAGACUGUCAUUAAAACUGGAGGAAAAAGAAACCAAAAAACAACACCAAUUUUGAAUUUAAAUAGAAAAUGCAUUUUUAAAAGAACUUCCAGAUCUUUUAAUAUUAAUGGGAGGAAGGAGAAAUAAAAAAUAAGUCAUCUGCACAGAUGACAUUUUUGGGGAUUUAGACAGAGACAGUUCUGAAUGUAUACCUUUGAGGACUGAACCUUCACGCUACACGACUAUGACCCAACGUCAAACUGUUCUUAUUGUGUACUGUAUGUGUGGUGGUGAAGAACACACCUGGACUUUUUCUUACUUUUGUCUAGUUGGUGAGUUAUAUGUAAUGAUAUCAGUUGUGCAGAAGUACAACCUCCAAACUCCUGUCUGAGUAUUCUCACUCAGUCCGUUUUAGUGCUCUUUCCAUCACAUACCGCUUUGGAGUGCUUCACUGAAAGCAAAGGGAAAAGUUUGUUUAGAUUUUUUUUCCCCCCUUUGUUCCUCUGCAAAGCCAACUACGAAACAAGGCAAAGGAAUUUCAAUGUAGCCUGAUGCUACAGACGUAAUUUUUUAAAAGAAAAUGACCACGGUGUGUGUUUUUUAUUGCUGUGUAAAUUUGCAAAUUAAUUUAAUUAGUUAUAUGAAAGUUUGGUUAACUUCUUUAGAUUCCAUAAGUUAUUUAUAUAAUCUGGCAAUAACUGCCUAUAGCCAAUACAGAUUCAGAACACCUCGUGGACACUGGAACUGGUUAUUUCUGUUACUUGAGUGUACUUCGAGAAUUGCAAAUGACAUUACAUCUACUUUAAAAGUCUGGGAAGCGAGUUCUUCUAUAGCAAUAAUUAGUUGCCACUUGAUGCAUAGUUGCUGAAGUAGCAUUUUGUUCACGUUUAAACAAAGAGACUUGAAUGCAUAUUUUAAAGCAACAAAUGUGUAUCAAUGCAAUAUUAAAAAAAAAAGAAACUUGCACGGUGUUUAUUCUCUUUAUUUGCAUAUGCUAAUGUCUGUACUGGUAGGCACUGCCUUGCUUUUGAUAUUUUAAACUUAUAAUAUGAAGAGAUUGCAUCCAGCACAUUCGCUAGGUAAGCAUUUCUUGAAAAUGGAAAAAAUCUGUUUAAAUAUGCUGCUUCUGGUCACGAUCUUUCUUACAGAAACUCAAACAUGCAUAAAACGUUGUGUAUUUGUAAUGAGCCAUGCUUGUACUCGAAACAUAAAACCUUUACUAAGACAUUGCUGUUGAAUAAUACGUUCGUGUUGCAUUGUGUAUAGUUGAAAUAUGCUACAUUAUGGUUAAAUUUUUCCUUUAUUUUUUUUCUUCUAUUAAAGUAUUUUCUAUUUGUUUCUUUGUUGCAUAAUAAAGAUGAUCAGUCCGUUUGAUGCUGCUA